AUGGGGAAGGGGAUGGGACGCGAUAAAUAUGAACCUGCAGCCGUUUCAGAACAUGGUGACAAAAAGGCCAAGAAAGAGAGGGAUAUGGAUGAGUUGAAGAAAGAAGUAUCUAUGGAUGACCAUAAACUUAGCCUUGAUGAGCUUCAUCGCAAAUAUGGAACAGACUUGAGCCGAGGUUUAACACCUGCUCGAGCUGCAGAGAUCCUGGCCCGAGAUGGUCCCAAUGCCCUCACCCCUCCUCCCACUACUCCUGAAUGGGUCAAAUUCUGUCGGCAGCUGUUUGGGGGGUUCUCAAUGUUGCUGUGGAUUGGAGCAGUUCUUUGCUUCUUGGCUUACGGCAUUGUAGCUGCCACAGAAGAGGACCCUAGUAAUGAUAAUCUCUAUCUUGGUGUGGUGCUGUCAGCUGUUGUCAUCAUCACGGGUUGUUUCUCCUACUAUCAAGAAGCGAAAAGUUCGAAGAUCAUGGAAUCCUUCAAAAACAUGGUUCCUCAGCAAGCUCUCGUGAUUCGAAAUGGUGAAAAAAUGAGCAUCAACGCCGAAGAAGUUGUUGUUGGGGAUCUGGUGGAAGUGAAAGGUGGAGACAGAAUCCCUGCAGAUUUGAGAAUCAUUUCUGCGAACGGCUGCAAGGUGGAUAACUCCUCGCUCACUGGAGAAUCCGAGCCUCAGACCAGGUCUCCGGAUUUCACAAAUGAGAACCCUCUGGAGACAAGGAACAUUGCCUUUUUUUCAACCAACUGUGUUGAAGGCACAGCACGUGGUAUUGUUGUAUACACUGGGGAUCGCACUGUGAUGGGACGAAUUGCCACACUUGCUUCUGGACUACAAGGUGGUCAGACUCCUAUUGCUGCAGAAAUCGAGCAUUUCAUCCACAUCAUCACGGGUGUGGCUGUGUUCCUUGGCGUGUCUUUCUUCAUCCUCUCUCUGAUCCUGGAGUACACUUGGCUUGAGGCUGUCAUUUUCCUCAUCGGCAUCAUUGUAGCUAAUGUGCCAGAAGGCUUGCUGGCCACUGUCACGGUGUGUCUGACGCUUACUGCCAAGCGCAUGGCAAGGAAAAACUGCCUGGUGAAGAACUUGGAAGCUGUGGAGACCUUGGGGUCCACAUCUACCAUCUGUUCUGACAAAACUGGAACCUUGACUCAGAACCGGAUGACUGUUGCUCACAUGUGGUUUGACAAUCAGAUCCAUGAAGCUGAUACUACAGAGAACCAGAGUGGUGUCUCAUUCGAUAAGACAUCAGCGACCUGGGUUGCUCUGUCGAGAAUUGCAGGUCUUUGUAACAGGGCAGUGUUCCAGGCUAAUCAGGAAAAUCUACCUAUUCUCAAGCGGGCAGUUGCCGGAGAUGCCUCUGAGUCAGCCCUCCUGAAGUGCAUUGAGGUGUGCUGCGGUUCGGUGAAGGAGAUGAGGGAGCAGUACGCCAAGAUUGCAGAGAUACCUUUCAACUCCACCAACAAGUACCAGAACCUCUGCUUUGUUGGCCUCAUCUCCAUGAUUGACCCUCCCCGUGCUGCUGUUCCUGAUGCUGUGGGCAAAUGCCGAAGCGCUGGAAUUAAGGUCAUCAUGGUUACAGGAGACCACCCAAUCACAGCCAAAGCCAUUGCCAAAGGUGUGGGCAUCAUCUCAGAGGGCAAUGAGACUGUGGAAGACAUUGCUGCCCGCCUCAACAUCCCAGUGAGCCAGGUGAACCCCAGAGAUGCCAAGGCCUGUGUGGUCCAUGGAAGUGACCUGAAGGACAUGAACGCUGAGCAGCUGGAUGACAUUCUCAAGUACCACACUGAGAUUGUGUUUGCCAGAACCUCCCCUCAGCAGAAACUCAUCAUCGUGGAGGGCUGCCAGCGCCAGGGUGCCAUUGUGGCUGUAACUGGUGAUGGUGUGAAUGACUCUCCAGCAUUGAAGAAGGCAGACAUCGGGGUUGCCAUGGGAAUUGCUGGCUCAGAUGUGUCUAAACAAGCUGCUGACAUGAUUCUUUUAGAUGACAACUUUGCUUCAAUUGUGACUGGAGUUGAGGAAGGUCGUCUGAUCUUUGAUAACUUGAAGAAAUCCAUUGCCUAUACCCUCACCAGUAACAUUCCUGAGAUCACCCCCUUCCUGAUAUUUAUUAUUGCAAACAUUCCACUCCCACUGGGGACCGUCACCAUCCUCUGCAUUGAUUUGGGCACUGACAUGGUUCCUGCCAUCUCUCUGGCAUACGAGCAAGCUGAGAGUGAUAUCAUGAAGAGACAGCCCAGAAAUCCCAAAACAGACAAACUGGUGAAUGAGAGGCUCAUCAGUAUGGCCUAUGGACAGAUUGGUAUGAUCCAGGCGCUGGGAGGCUUCUUCACUUAUUUUGUGAUUCUGGCUGAGAAUGGCUUCCUCCCCUUUGACCUCCUGGGCAUCCGAAUGGACUGGGAUGACCGCUGGGUCAACGAUUUGGAAGACAGCUACGGGCAGCAGUGGACAUACGAGCAGAGGAAAAUCGUGGAGUUUACCUGCCACACUGCCUUCUUUGUCAGCAUUGUGGUGGUGCAGUGGGCUGAUCUGAUCAUCUGCAAGACCAGAAGGAAUUCUGUCUUCCAGCAGGGGAUGAAGAACAAGAUCUUAAUAUUUGGCCUCUUUGAAGAGACGGCCCUUGCUGCUUUCCUUUCCUACUGCCCUGGCAUGGGAGUGGCCCUGAGGAUGUAUCCCCUCAAACCUACCUGGUGGUUCUGUGCCUUCCCUUACUCACUUCUCAUCUUCGUGUAUGAUGAAGUCAGAAAGCUCAUCAUCAGGCGAAGCCCUGGCGGCUGGGUGGAGAAGGAAACUUACUACUAGUCCCCCGUCCUGCACGCCGUGGAGCAUCAUACCACAUUCUGCAUCCAUCACCCACCCACCCCACUUUGUGUACUUCAGUCUUGGAAUUCGGAACCUAGUAGGAAAGCACCGAAGCAUGUGGGGGAAGUGAGGCAUCCCAGAAUGAAGCAUGUAGAUAUAUGGGGGGAGGGGGGAGGGCUGCCUGAAAAUCAUCCGUCUGUGGGAAAGGUUUUUAUGUGCCUUUUUGUUUUUGUAAAAAAGGAAAACCUGGAAAGACUGACUACAUUUUAUAUCUGGAUUUUUACAAAUAAAGAUGGCUGUUAUAAUGGAA